CAACACUACCGUCUCUGUUAAAAAUGAUUGCAAGUGGAGUUUCAGAUUAACGUCAUUUGAUUAGAUUAUUAAAAUAUUGAUUAACAUAGCAGUGUGCUGUGUUUAGCCAGUGAAAUUGCUUGGAGAACUGUAGAGUACACGUGUGCAUAGAGAAUACUGAAGGCUCAGCAAUCCAUUUAACGCUCUGCAGCCGACUGCAACAAGUGGAAUUUACUCUUAACUAUUCACAGAAGUUAAACAAACUGGACGACUUCGAGUUUGACGACCUGGACGAUUUCGCCAUGGAUUUCUGGAGUGUUUUCAUGUUCUUUGUCUUGACGUUUCUCAUCAUGAGCUGCUGCGGCUAUUGUUGCACCAGCAGGCGCCAAGGCGCGGUGCUAUCCACUCCCGUUGUGGUAACAUCCGCCACCCACACAGCCCCUGGCGGAUAUCCCGUUACACAGCUGCCCCCGCCCGGCUACCCGGCCGGCAACGUCUACGGCACUCCGUAUCCGGCGCAGACCACUGGCAAUGUGACUGUUCAGAUGCCCAUGCCGAUGCAACAGCAGCAGGCACAUCAGCAAAUGCCGAUGCCAAUGCCCGGCAUGCAAACGCAUGGCGUAGCAUAUCCUCCGUAUCCUGGGGCGGGUGCAGCCAAUAUGAAUCCCCCGACAUACGAUAUGGCCGUUGCCAGUCCCGGUCCCAGUGUGAUGCCCGCUGGUUAUGAGAAGCAGUCGCCCUACAAUCCCAACUUCGGGCAGUAACGAUGCAGUUGGGAACGGACCCGAACUUCAGUUGAAACUGAUAUAGCGACACGUUCUUGAGAGCAUUUUUUCUUUGUUGAUAUACGCUUUUAUACACGUCGAUUUCAUUAGUUCUGUAUCUCUUUAUACAUCUCUUUAUGUAUCGCAUGUACACUGAUUAUCCAAAAUGAAUUCCACAUUAGUCAACGAUUCGUUUCUCUACUCCCAUGAGAAGACCAAAGUAAAAGCGGCCGCAAAACAAGCCAUUUAUAUAUAUUCCUUGUGAUGUAUGUAUCUGUACAUAUAGCCUUAGCAUCAGCCUAAGCUUAACAUUAAUUUAUAUAUCUACAUUAAGGAACUCUUACACAAAUCCAAACACACACAAUACGUAAAGUGUUCAUGUAAAACAAAACAUAAAAACAUAAUAACAACGAAGUGCACAUCAAAUACACUCGAAUUCUGUUUAUUCCGAUGUGCACUAUCGGGUGAAAAAAAUGAAAUAAAAACAGAAAGAAACCA